UUAUGAUAAGUUUUUGAGGAAUGAAGCGUGAUGGUGGUGAUAGCACGUGUGACGAUAAACUUGUGUAUUGCUGUUUUGCCUCAUAUCAUUUAUGAAUAUAAGAAUGAUUGAGUCGUGUAUUGCGUUUUGCUGAGUCCAUUUGUAGUGAAUAAUGGAAACCGUGAAGCGAAUUGAAGAAAGUAUUUUGUUUUUUGAAGAUAUUGACCUGGACCUUGAAGAUGGAGUGCCUCGUGUGGUGCGAGAUUUUCAGAAGGGCGAGUUUAUGGAAAUCGUUAAUUCCCCUGACUGUGAGGAGAUUUUUGCAGAUGUCCUUUCAGCAUCAUUAGAUGAGCCUCUGGAUGAGCUUUUGGAGAAGGGGGCCCAACAGUUUUUGGACAAAAGUGGUUCAGAUCAUAAAGAGGCGGUGCGCGUGCUGUGCGUGGGCGCGGCGGCGCUGUGCGCGUGGCUGCAGCGGGCGCAGUGCGGGCCGCCGCCG